AGCUGUUCAAGGCCAUCGCCAUGGGCCAGUGCCUGUCAGCCCUCAUCUGCGGCACAGCCGUCACCUCCCAGUACCUGGCCACAGACUUCCAGCUGGAUACGCCCAUGCUUCAGAGCUUCCUCAAUUACUCCCUAUUAUGCCUGACGUACACGUCACUUUUAAUAUGCAGAAGAGGGGAUGGCAAUAUUUUACAGAUUUUAAAACAGAAAUGGUGGAAGUAUUUUCUGCUUGGCCUGGUAGACGUGGAGGCGAACUACACUGUAGUGAAGGCAUACCAGUACACAACGCUGACCAGCAUACAGCUGCUGGACUGCUUUGUGGUCCCGGUACUGAUGGUGCUGUCCUGGUUCUUCCUGAAGACCCGUUACCGGCCCGUACACUACGUGGCCGUGAGCACGUGCCUGUUGGGGGUGGGGGCCAUGGUGGGAGCUGACCUCCUCGCUGGACGCGACCAAGGAUCAUCUGCUAAUAUCCUGCUGGGCGAUGGUCUGGUGCUGAUCAGUGCUACGCUGUAUGCGGUGUCUAACGUGUGCCAGGAGUACACGGUAAAGCACCUGAGCCGGGUGGAGUUCCUGGGCAUGGUGGGCCUCUUUGGAACUCUCAUCAGCGGAACGCAGAUGGCUAUUCUGGAGCACCGGGCCUUGGCCAAUAUCCAGUGGAACUGGAAACUCGUGUUGCUGCUGGCUGGCUUCGCCCUCUGUAUGUACCUGCUGUACAGCUUCAUGCCGGUGGUGGUGAGGAUGACCAGCGCCACUGCCGUCAACCUGUCCAUGCUCACCGCUGACCUCUUCAGCCUCUUCUGUGGCCUCUUCCUCUUCCAGUACACGUUCUCAGUCCUGUACGUGGUGUCACUGGUGGUGAUCCUGGUGGGGUUUGUGAUGUUCAACGCGGUGCAAACUAUAACCAUCAACCCACCUGGGGAAGCAGAAGCCCCAGGAGCAGACACAGGCCCGGAGCAAGGGGACCACCCGUACCAGGGAUCAGGCUUCGAGGUCACCUCCACAGAGCCAGCCUACCUGGGGGGAUGUGCAGGAGGAGGAGCAGGGGGUGAUGGAGGAGACAGGAACUGUGACCCAAAAUGUCUCGCGUGGAGGAAACUCUCAUAUGAUCAGUUACCCGCCGAGGGAGAAGAAAGGGGAACACGGCUGUAGAUUUUUUAGUUUUUAUGGUUUUGGGUUUUACUUUUUUUUUAGGAUCUGCUGUACUGUCUGUUUCUUUGUUUGUCUGUCUGUUAUUUAUCUUGUUUUGUCUUUUAUGUCCUUUGCCAAAUAACACUUUGUAAAGAUGCUGCUGAAAUUUCCACAGUUCAUGAACAGUUGCGACACAGAAUUUUACAAUGCAGUGAAUGUCAAGCAUUAUGCUCUGAUUUUAUAAUAAAUGUUUUAUUUUAACCCA